AUGAUGAACGCGAACAUGUUGCCCUCUUAUAUCGGUUCUAUGUCCGAUUCGAAAAAACAUACUUUGUCUCCUUCAGCUAGUGGGACUUCAGUUAUGGGUAUCCGUUUUAAAAAUGGAGUUAUCAUUGCUGCUGAUUCACUGGUUUCAUAUGGCUCUUUGGCUAGAUUUACAGAUUUUGAUCGCGUUGUUAAGGUCAAUGAAAGCACAUUGAUGGCAUGUUCUGGAGACGUUGCUGAUUUUCAAUUUUUGAACAGAGAAAUUCAUAAACAGAUAUUAACUGAAAACCUACUUGGUGAUGGAUUUACUACUAGUCCUCAAGCUUUACAUUCUUGGAUCACACGAGUCAUGUACUACCGUCGAAGCCAAUUUGAUCCUUUCUGGAAUUCCUAUAUUGUUGGUGGUGUUAUGAAGAAUGGAACACCUUAUCUUGGCUAUGCGAAUAUGAUUGGUGCCGCUUUUAACGAGGAUGCCAUUGCUACUGGUUUUGGCGCACAUCUAGCAACUCCCAUUCUUCGAAAUGCAAUUGAAACUAAGGCUGGUGGGGACGCCUCAAAACUCUCUUGUCAAGAUGCUCAUAAGGCUAUCACUGAUGCAAUGACUGUACUUUUCUAUCGCGACUGUCGUGCUUACAAUAUGUACAAAAUCGCAGUUUGCACAGCAGAAGGUGCAAGGGUUAGUGAAAUCCGAAAACUGGAAACGAAUUGGUCGAUUGCGGAAGAAGUAUUCGGCUAUGAAUAA